AGAAUUGUCAAUGUGUAGUAAAUCUAACUCCGCUUGACUCUUUAAUCUUAAUUAGUCUGCUAACACAGAUUUCCGUCCUUUUUAAGUCUCAACAACCCACAAUCUCACGGACAAGCACACUCAGUGCGUGUUGGAGUUACUUCCAAGAACUCCAGAAAAGUAAAGAAACAGCCCCCAAUUUUAGCUCUAAUUCAAAUCCCAGUUUUUGUUGCUCCUUCUGGAAGCCCAAGCAAAUGGGGUGUUCUGAAAGACCAAAAGGUGCAAUCUUGCUGGGGCUUUUGCUGCUAACUUUGGCAGAAAUAGUGGUGGGUCGGUUUGUGGUUGAGAAGAACAGCUUGAGGGUAUUAUCACCGGACAGCAUAAAGGGAACUCAUGAUAGUGCCAUUGGCAACUUUGGGAUUCCACAAUAUGGAGGAAGGAUGGGUGGAACUGUGGUGUAUCCCCGAGACAACAGGAAAGGCUGCAAGAGUUUUGAUGAUUCUGGGAUUUCUUUCAAGGCUAAAGCUGGAGCUCUUCCCAACUUUGUUCUUGUUGAUCGUGGGGAUUGCUUUUUUGCUUUAAAGGUUUGGAAUGCCCAGAAUGCUGGUGCUGCUGCAGUUCUAGUGGCUGAUGACCUUGAUGAACCAUUGAUAACAAUGGACUCACCUGAAGAGGAUGGUGCAUCUGCAAGAUAUAUUGCAAACAUAACAAUACCAUCUGCACUGAUUGAUAAAAGUUUUGGUGAAAAAUUAAAGAAAGCAAUCAGCGAGGGUGACAUGGUGAAUGUGAAUCUUGACUGGAGGGAAGCUGUCCCCCACCCAGAUGAUCGAGUGGAAUACGAACUGUGGACUAACAGCAACGACGAGUGUGGGGUUAAGUGUGAUAUGUUGAUGGAGUUUUUGAAGGAUUUUAAGGGGGCGGCUCAAGUGCUUGAGAAAGGUGGUUAUACUCAAUUUACACCUCAUUAUAUAACUUGGUAUUGCCCGCAGGCGUUCACCAUUAGCAAACAAUGCAAAUCUCAAUGCCUCAACCAUGGAAGAUAUUGUGCUCCAGACCCUGAACAAGAUUUCAGCACUGGUUAUGAAGGAAAAGAUGUGGUUCUUGAGAACCUGAGACAGCUAUGUGUUUUUAGAGUGGCCAAUGAGACCAAAAAACCAUGGGUCUGGUGGGACUAUGUUACUGAUUUCCAAAUCAGAUGCCCCAUGAAGGAGAAGAAAUACAACAAGGAAUGUGCUGAGCAAGUUAUUAACUCUUUAGGUCUUGAUCUGAAAAAAAUUGAAAAAUGCAUGGGUGAUCCGGAAGCUGAUUCAGACAAUCCUGUUCUGAAAGAAGAGCAGGAUGCUCAAAUUGGAAAAGGAUCACGUGGUGAUGUAACCAUUCUGCCAACUCUCGUUGUGAAUAAUCGUCAAUAUCGAGGGAAAUUGGAGAAAGGUGCUGUUUUGAAAGCUAUAUGUGCUGGUUUUGAGGAAACCACGGAGCCAUCAGUUUGUCUGGGUGGUGAUGUGGAAACAAAUGAAUGCUUGGAGAACAACGGUGGCUGCUGGCAAGACAAGGCAGCUAAUAUUACAGCUUGCAAGGACACAUUCCGAGGAAGAGUAUGCGAAUGCCCUGUGGUUAAUGGUGUGCAGUUUAAGGGAGAUGGUUAUAGGUCUUGUGUUGCAAGUGGACCGGGGCGUUGCAGAAUAAAUAACGGAGGCUGUUGGCAUGAAAGCAGAAAUGGAGUCGCUUUCUCUGCUUGUGUGGAUAAUGAAGAGGGAAAAUGCACAUGUCCUCCAGGAUUUAAAGGUGAUGGUGUUAACAGUUGUGAAGAUAUCGAUGAAUGUAAGCAGAAGAAAGCCUGUCAAUGCCCUGAAUGCAGCUGCAAAAAUACAUGGGGCAGUUACGAGUGCACUUGUGGUGGGGACCUGUUGUAUAUCAGGGACCAUGAUACCUGCAUAAGUAAGACUACAGAAGUGAAGUCUGCUUGGACUGCUGUUUGGAUUAUUUUGAUUGCAUUGGCUUUAGCUGCUGGUGGGGCUUAUGUGGUGUAUAAACGUAGAUUGAGGUCAUAUAUGGACUCAGAGAUCAGGGCCAUCAUGGCACAAUAUAUGCCUCUGGACAGUCAAAAUGAAGUUCCAAAUCACGUAGAUGAAGAUCGUGCUUGAAAAUGCUGCUCAAUCAUUGUACUUCCUGCAAGGGUGAUGUGGGGGCUCGUGUGACUGACCUUCUAUCUCCAACAAAAGGUUUGAAGGUAGAAUCAUAUUUUCUGAAUGAUUUGUUGGUUGAUAGGUGAAAUGAGAAUCGUCCUGAUGUCUUUUAAUAUGCAACACGUCCGAGUCAGGAUUGCCUUUGGGGCACUUUUUCUAAAGAGAUUAGGUUCGAGACAUGUACACUGCAUCAUGUGACAGGUUGUGCUCCUCUAAUUUAAUCGAGAGUGUGUGACGAUGUGCAUCUUAUUAUUUCCAUGUAUAUUCGUCGUGAUUGCAUGUUUCUUGAUGCCGGUGGAGUCAACAUUAUUAGUUAUACCAGAACUACAUAUUAGUUUAUGCUAUGUUCUCACUGAAUGAUGUUAGAAUGUCCUCGUGCCCAUGUUUGUUAAAUAGUUCGUUGGAGCAAUCUGGAAUUCUUUUUAA